CAUACGCCAUUGUGCCGCAUUGUGCUUACUGUAUCAGAUAGCGCACAAACUGCGCAGGCAUCUCACCAACAUCUCACGCCCCUUUCUUUCCUCCUGUUCUUUGAGAGCCCUACUGGAGAUAUGGCAGAGCCAAAGGUUUGGUUCAUUACUGGUGCAUCGUCGGGGUUCGGGAGAUCGAUGACUGAGCUUUUGCUCAACAAGGGCGAUAAAGUCAUAGCGACUCUUCGCCAUCUUGAUGCUCUAUCAGAUUUAUCAGCACAAUUCCCAUCCCAGCUCUUAGUCAUUCAGCUCGACGUGACGAACAGCGCGGAAGUAUCAGCUGCGUUUGCAAGAGCAAAAGAAGCAUUUGGAAGGAUUGAUGUCGUGUUUAAUAAUGCAGGUCAAUGUGUAGCAGGAGAGUUAGAGUCCGUGAGCGAAGAAGAGGCCCGUCAGAUGUUCGAAGUAAAUUUCUGGGGUGCUAUGCAUGUGAGCAAGGAGGCGGUGAAGUUCUUCCGAGAAGUGAACAAGCCAAUUGGUGGGAGACUGUUGCAGGUCUCGUCAAGGUUGGGAUUGGUAGGCGGCCCUGCAACCGCCUUCUACAGUGCAUCAAAAUUUGCUCUGGAAGGCCUGAGCGAGUCCUUGGCAAAUGAACUUGAUCCUGCGUGGAACAUAAAGGUCACAAUAAUUGAGCCAGGUCCAUUCCGUACCAAGAUAUUCAAGGAGAACCAACGCCUGUCUCCCCAGCACCCUGCGUACGCCAAUCCUGACUUGCCCGGUUCCAAGGUUCGGCAAUUCAUAGCGUCGGGCAAUAUCGAUGGAGAUGCAGACAAGGCAGUGGUGGCCAUUGAAAAGUUGACCCACCUUGAUGAUGUUCCUAUGCGCCUGCCACUGCACAGAAAAGUCGUUGGUUCAACGAGGGAUAAAAUCAACAGCCUGACUGAGGACGUGAAUAAAUUUGAAAGUUGGUCUGAAGAUCUUUACCAUUAAAAUCCAUGUAAUGUAGUCAGUAGUCUUGCUACUCGUUCGAAUGCGUUUUGUACACAUUUAUGCAACAAUUUCUCGAUUUUCCCUGUGUAGAGACUGCUGCCUUUCACUGUCAAAGAAUGAUCACUUUAUGUAAGUCGUUCGUCUUCGAAACCAGACGUUUUAGGAUUCCAG